UGAACUAUUUGGGUUUUAAAUUCUAGCUUUCUAGAUAAGUAUUUAAGUUCAAAUUUAACUGUGGAUUAUAACAGAAAGUUAAAAACAGUUGCUCUGAAAUUUUAUUAUUUAUAUAACAGUAUUAAACCAUUAUUUUAUUCAACAUGGCUUUGGUAAAAGGUGUUUUUAUUGUUGGUGCAAGAAGAACAGCUUUUGGAACUUAUGGUGGCAAGCUCAAAGACAUUUCCUUGGCCGAUCUACAAUCAGUAGCAGCAGUAGCAGCCCUAGAAUCAGCUAAGGUCAAGCCUGAAUUAGUAGAUUCUGUAAUAAUUGGUAACGUUGGAUCUGUGGCCUCUGCUGAUGGAAUAUAUGCAGCCCGGCACGCAGCCCUUAAAAGUGGCAUUCCUAAAGAGAAACCUGCAUAUAACAUUAACAGAUUAUGUGGUUCUGGUUUUCAAACCGUUAUUAAUAGUGCUCAGGACAUUGAAACUGGAUUUGCUCAAAUCAGUUUAGCUGGUGGUGUUGAAAAUAUGUCUGCUUUUCCUCAUGUUAUUAGAGGAAUAAGAUUUGGUGUUCCUUUAGGUCAGCCACCACCAUUAGAAGACUCUUUAUGGUUGGGAUUGACCGACUCAUUCUGUGGUCUUCCAAUGGGUGUAACAGCAGAAAAAUUGGGAGCUCAGUAUAAAAUUACCCGUGAUGAGGUUGAUGAGUAUGCUAUCAGGUCUCAAAAACUAUGGAAAGAAGCACAAGAUGCUGGUAGAUUCAAAGAAGAAAUUGUACCGGUUCCAUACAAGGUGAAAAAAGCAACUCAAAACCUUGAAGUUGAUGAACAUCCCAAGCCUCAAACUACUCUAGAAGUUUUGAAGAAAUUGCCCACAAUUUUUAAGAAAGAUGGAUUGGUUACAGCAGGCUCAGCCUCAGGUGUCUGUGAUGGUGCCGGUGCAAUAGUCCUAGCAAGCGAACAAGCUGUCAAACAAAACAGUCUUACGCCAUUGGCUAGAGUGGUUGGCUACUCUGUAGUAGGCGUAGAACCUUCCAUCAUGGGUAUUGGUCCAGCCCCAGCAAUUAAAGCUCUGUUACAAGCCACUGGAAAAACGUUGAACGAUAUAGAUUUAGUUGAAAUUAACGAAGCUUUUGGUGCUCAAACAUUGUCAUGCGCCAAAGAACUGAAUUUGGACAUCAACAAACUUAACGUCAACGGGGGUGCUAUUGCUCUUGGUCAUCCUUUGGCUGCGUCAGGCAGCAGAAUUACAGCUCAUCUUGUACAUGAAUUAAGGAGAAGGAAGGCUAAAUAUGGUAUUGGUUCAGCCUGCAUUGGUGGAGGUCAAGGAAUCGCAAUUUUAUUGGAAUCACUGUGAUAAAAUAAUAUUAAUUUUGCAACGUUUUAUCAAUGUAUAUUUAUUGUUUAAGCAAGUCGAAUGCAUUGUUGUUUAAACAAAUAAUUGUCUGGUAACAAUAUUUUGAUAAUUGUAAUCAAUUGAACUUUAUUACAAUUAUUGCUUUUUAUUUUUAUACACCUAUUUUUUAAUAGUUAUUAAAGAUAAUCCUAUUUGAUAAUUUACAAAUAUUUUUAGAAAAACAGUUACUUUUGUACUUUUUCUAAUGUUAUAUAAAGUAUUUUACUGAUA